AUACCACAAAACUCACUCCCAGAAGGAAUAAAUUGUAUAGAAUUUGGAAAAAAUUUUAACAAACCCCUUGGUGUUAAUGUAUUGCCAAAAGAACUAGUAAAUAUAGAGUUUGGAGAAAAUUUUAACCAACCCAUAAUGAAAAAUGUUAUGCCACAGUCCAUUAAGUAUAUUAAAAUUGAUCAAUUUAAUAAAAAACUAUUUAAAGGUAGUAUCCCAAGCAGCGUAACAUGUUUAAAAUUUGGAAAAAUAUUUAAUAAAUCACUUAAAAAUAUCCUUCCACGUAAAUUAAAAGAACUACAACUUGGGAAUUACAAUCAAGAUUUAAGUAGUGUUAUACCAAAUGGUGUAACUAAAUUACAUUUAAACAAUAUAAAAAAAAUUAAACCAAAUGAUAUUCCAAAUAGGGUCAAAAUAUUAGAAUUUGGUAACCAGUUUAACCAACCUUUAAUACCAGGUAUUAUUCCAAAUACUGUUACUAAUUUAACAUUUGGUUAUGAUUUUAAUCAACCUCUUUUUUUAUCAAUAGAAAAAAAAAUUUUUAUUUUUUUUAAAAAACUAAUAAUAAAAAGUGUAAUCCCAUAUGGUGUUAAAAAAAUCAUUAUUGGUGAAAAUUUUAAUCAACCUCUUGCUCCAGGUGUAUUUCCUAAUAGUAUUACAAGUCUAACAUUUGGUAAAGAAUUUAAUCAACCUCUUGCUCCAGGUGUAUUUCCUAAUAGUAUUACCAGACUAACAUUUGGUGAAAAUUUUAAUCAACCUCUUGCUCCAGGUGUACUUCCUAAAAGUAUUACUAGACUAACAUUUGGUGAAAAUUUUAAUCAACCUUUUGCUCCAGAUGUACUUCCUAAUAAUUUAAAAUAUCUAAAAUUUUCAAAAAUUUAA